CGACCUCCGGCGUCCGGCCCGGCUCACUGCGUUUCCGGCCGCGUUCCGCCCGCAAUGGCGCUCCUGGGUCGCGCGUCUUCGCCUCCUGGCCGCGGCCUUCGGCGGUUUUUCAGUUAUGGAACGAAAAUGUAUCAAGACAGUGAAGCUUUUUCGUCUAAAUUCUUUCCACCCCUUCAAAAAGCGAUGCUACCGCCUAACAGUUUUCAAGGAAAAGUGGCGUUCAUCACCGGGGGCGGCACGGGUCUCGGCAGAGGGAUGACCGCCCUUCUGUCCAGCCUGGGUGCGCAAUGUGUCAUAGCCAGCCGAAAGAUUGAUGUUUUGAAAGCUGCCGCAGACCAGAUUUCUUCUCAGACUGGAAAUAAGGUCCAUGCAAUUCAAUGUGACGUGAGGGACCCUGACAUGGUCCAGAACACGGUGUCGGAGCUGAUCAGUGUCGCAGGCCAUCCUGACAUCGUGAUAAACAACGCAGCCGGCAACUUCAUUUCUCCCACCGAGAGACUGUCUCCCAACGCGUGGAAGACCAUCACCGACAUAGUCCUGAACGGCACGGCCUUCGUCACGCUGGCGGUCGGGAAGCAGCUGAUCGAGGCGCAGAGAGGAGCAGCGUUUCUUGCCAUCACCACCGUCUACGCUGAGACCGGGUCAGGCUUCGUGGUGCCCAGCGCCUCCGCCAAAGCGGGAGUGGAAGCCCUGAGCAAGUCUCUCGCAGCCGAAUGGGCUAAAUACGGAAUGCGAUUCAACGUGAUUCAACCGGGGCCCAUAAAAACCAAAGGUGCCUUUAGCCGUCUUGACCCGACUGGAACAUUUGAGAAAGAUUGGAUCGAGAGAAUUCCCUGCGGGAGGCUGGGCACUGUGGAGGAGCUUGCAAAUCUCGCUGCUUUCCUGUGUAGCGAUUACGCUUCUUGGAUCAAUGGCGCAGUCAUCAGAUUCGACGGCGGAGAGCAGUCGCUUAUUUCCGGUGAAUUGAACGAUCUGAGGAAGGUCACCAAGGAGCAGUGGGACACCAUAGAAGGACUGAUCAGGAAGACAAAAGGCUCCUAAGACACUCUGGCCUUCAUCUUGGUUACCAUGGAAAUGACACAAACGUUCUCUUUCGGAUAUUUUCAAGAUCUAUUUUACUUUCAUAGGAAUCACUUGUAAUCACCAGACUGAUCAAGCCCACUGUCCAGCUUCCAUCCCACCGCCUCUGAACGGGUCUGCCAGGGCAUCUGGUUCUGUUUGGGUGGACGUGCUGUGAGCCUCACGCGGAAACCUUACCACUGCCAGGCAUGCCCACCGACGGCGACACCGUGGGCCUGACCGGCGGCCUUCACGGUCCCGGCCUCCGGCCUCCGGCCUCCAACCUGGUCUUUUCCACCAACUCACAGCCCAGGUGCCCAGGCUCUCCCUUCAGCAGCAGCCCCACCUCCCGCUCAGCGGCCCUCAUCUCUCUGGAAGUUGUCAGUGCCUCUCGUAGUAUAGGGGUAAGAAGUGCCAAUAAAUGACCUUGUGCACAUCCCA